UUGUAUAGCUGGAAGACGAUUCGAAAGGCGCUUUUGUCCGGACACAAAUGAUCACCGCUUCUUAGUUGCGCGAUUCGCAGUAUAAAUAUUCGCGACACCAAGCUUCGCAAGUUCUUUCUGCAGUGCACAUUGCUGCCACACGGCACGCGAGGGCUAUAUACAAGCACUCAUUCUUUAGCCUCUACGGAGAAUUGCACGUUGCUCGUGAUCUUACGCGAAAACUGAAGUCGCGAAGAUAGAUCGAUCCCGCGGAAGCAACCUCACGGAGACACCAGUAUUAUUCAGUAAUUAGCGGAUCACGAUGAUAGUUAUACCCAUAAUACCGUUUUUCCUAGGCUAUCUUGCACGGAAUACAAGCAACCCUACGCCCUCGUACAUAUUCCACGUGCAGAUAGAAACGUUAUUAUUCGGAUACACAGGAUCACGUAAUAAUGAAGGCAACGCCAGCCUGGAUUUCAAUCUGAAAUGUCAGCUGUAUAUGGAUCAAAAUUUAAAAUGUCACAUCCAGAAUGCCAAUUCUUAUUCACGUAGCACUGAUUCCGCACAUAUAAUAGACACACUCAGCAACAUACAUUGCAUAAUGAACUUCCAACCGAACGGAGUAAAGAGUUAUGACGUAUACCCGGAAAACGUGGAAAACAAGGAGACUGCGUUGGAAGUAUUUCGGUUUAUCGGGCAUCAGCUGAGCGUCGGCGUUGACCUCAAAAAAUACUACGACUACGAAUUCAACGCGAUAGAGGACACCGUUAUCGGCACAUGCUGGACAAUUUACCAAAUAAGUCAUAAUAACGCUCCCGAUUAUAUAAGUUAUUCCGAGCUGGUCUCCUUAAUUGCGAAGGAGAAGUACAUUAUAAAGAAGAACGAAUCGGUCAUUAUUAAUAAACUGAGAAUUGUGGAAGAUUGCACACCGAGGGACGAUUCUAUCCUGGGAAGGAUCUUAUGGCCCAACCUCAUAACACCGAAUAUCACCGCGAAGCCGCUAAUCUCGUGGUCUCAAAUGACAUAUAACCUGCGCGAUUUCUACACUUAUGCUAUAAAUAAUUUUAAUCUCUAUAAUGAGCAUGAUAGGACAGUUGGCUCUGUCAAGGAAACGAUUGAUCUUAAAUUGGUAUGGAUAGAAAACUGAAAAACGCGACACGAGUAUCGCAUCUAUUCGUUCAAUGAAACGCUGUGGAUUACACUCAGUGACAUCAAUUUGGUAACGAGCAAAAUUACACGAAGGAUGUAUUUUUAAUUCGUUUUUAAAAUAUUGUUGACAUGCAGUAUUAAACUGCAUAAAGUGUUACUAUUAUUAUAACUAUGAAAACACGAUUAAUAUUUCUUACUAUUUUAUGUCCUUCGGUGACUUCUUGCUGGUAUAGAUGACGAUAUACCGCCUUUGUUAUGAUGUUAUUUUUUCUUUAAUAAAAUUUUGCCGCCCGAUAA